GCGUUUCGCACCGAACGAUCAAAACGCUUUCUAACCUGUCUAAUCGCCUCGACGCCGCGGCAAUUGUUAGAGAAAGUCUGCAGGUUGCCCUCAUGCAACACCUGGGCCUUUGAAUCUGAUUCAUAUUCCACCCUGCCACACACCGCCCAAGGAAUGGCAACCAUGGACGAUGAGCGAGAGCCCAACCACCCGAGAUACGAACUCGAAUCAUAUGUCACCAGCACCCAUGAUGACAACACAAGGUUCACAAUUCGCAGAAACGGCAAGGUCUUUCACAUUCGCGUGUCGCCGUCGCAGUUCGUCAACUCGCCCGCCACGACGGAGAAGUACCUAUCGUACCUAGAGGUGCUUCGGUCGGGCGAGGAGGUAAUCGGUGACAUCUUUGACACCGACGUCUUCGAGUGGGUCACUCGGCCGUUUGAACCGCUGUUCGCCGAACUCGCGCCGAGUCCCGCGCUGCCAGGUCACCAUGCGGACAUCAAAGUCACUCUGCAAAACUACCUCUUCCCGAAGUUUUUCAUCUUCGCACUAGACGUUGUGGAAGAGAAGUUGCAACCGCGUCGGAUCGAAAUAGAGAGGUCGCCCUACGUUCCGCCAAGCGUCUGGCUCGACGAUGAGUUCCUUGACGAUCUGGAGAAGUGGACGGCCCUUUACGAUCCGGCUAGGAUCGUGUUAAGCUUUGAGAACCCUGAAGACGCGCUCUUCAAGCAUCCCGGAAAGGUGCUUAUCGAUGACGGGCAAACGCCGCACUCUGUCUACAACUGUCGACCCCGAUCAUCCCCCGGCUUCUACGAGAAAACGAUGGAUAAGCCAGCUCGACGCCGCCCUCAUAGAGCUACACAAGGCCGGCGUCGCCUGGGGGGAUGUCAAGGCAGAGAACGUGCUGGUCGACCAAGAGGACAACGUGUGGAUACCGAUUUCGGAGGCAGCUACACCCGGGGUUGGGUCGAGAGCCAGGUGGCGGGGACUGUGGAGGGGGAUCUGGCAGGCAUGGCCAAGCUUAGAGAGUUUAUCUCUUUAGGGAUGGCGGGAUCUUAAACGGGUCGUGUGUCCAAGACACACUCGCCAAGGUCAAGCAGGAAUACACAAUGGCGGUUACUCUAGAACCCUAACCUGCAU